GUCGGCGACAGCGGUGAGGUCUUGGAGACGGGUCUCGCGACAUGCUCUCUGUCGAAUUUAUCUCUUCCCCUGAACAUGACUAAAACCUUUUCUUAUUUUGCCUACGGCAGCAAUCUCCUCACGGACAGGAUCAAGCUCAAUAACCCGUCGGCAAAGCUGAAAACGAUUGGAAGAGUUUCAGAUUAUGCAUUGGCAUUCGACUACUACAGCAGAAGGUGGCAAGGAGCAGCUGCCACAAUAGUUCCAUCUGAAGGAAGUGAAGUGUGGGGAGUGGUUUGGGAGCUUUCAGAACAUGACAAGAGAACCCUUGACAAGCAAGAAGGUGUUGGAAGUGGAAUCUACCGCCCUAUUGAAGUUUCAGUCAAAACUAAAGAAGAUUUUAUCUUGCCCUGUCGAGCAUACCAGCUGAUUGCACUAGAAGAGCAGGACAAGCGCCCUUCCAAAGUCUACAAAGAUGUUAUCAUUCGAGGGGCUGAGGAGCAUGGCUUACCUCAUGACUACAUUGAGAAGCUGAGAAUGAUAGAGGAUAACGGGUAUGACGGUCCUGUCACCAUCAAGCUACCAUUGGCUUGA